AUGUAUGUUUGUAUAUUUCAAAAUCUAUUUGGUGCACCAAUAAUUGAAUCUAAAGAAUGUCAAGAAAUUAUUCAAAGAGUUUAUGAUAAAUUUAAAAUUAAAAAUGAUGAAAUUAUAAUCAAUAAAACUGAACAACAAAUUAAAGAUUACUCAACUCAAUGUGAUAAUAUGUUCACUCUUGGUUUCAUCGUUGGUGAUAUCGCCAUUUGUCAACUUAUACUUAAACAUUAUCCAAAUCUUUUUAAAAUCACUCAAUAUGCCUUGACAAGGGCAAUAAAAGCGAAUAAAAUUCAUAUUAUCAAGUUUUAUUAUCAUAACAACAAUGAUAAUUUAAUUAUAAAUUUAAAAGAUGAUCAACCAUUUUAG